AUGUCUCCUCCAUCAGCUACCGCUACAGAAACAGCAGCCUCCGCUGCCGCUACCGUGCAGGUUAACGUGCAAGCGAUGCCCGCAUUUCCCAGACCACCAGUUUUUGAGGACAAGUAUAAAGAGCGAGAAUAUCUUAAAGGGCGAUUAGCCGCUGCAUUUCGGAUCUUCGGAAAAUAUGGCUUCGACGAAGGGGUUGCCGGCCACAUCACGCUCCGUGACCCUGUUGAUCCGACGACAUUCUGGGUGAAUCCCUUUGGCACGGCCUUCUCCCUCAUUAAUGCCUCCGAUCUUAUUCAGGUUGACCAUGAUGGAAAAGUGAUUGACGGCGGGAAGGUCCGGCUGCUGAAUACGGCAGCAUAUAUGAUCCAUGCUGCGGUACAUGAGGCCCGUCCGGAUGUGAUGUGUGCUGCGCACAGCCAUAGUAUCUAUGGACGGAGCUUCUGUGCUCUUGGAAAGCCGCUGGAUAUCACUACCCAGGACGCCUGUGCCUUCUAUAACGAUCUUGCCAUCUAUAAACAAUUCAAAGGCGUCGUCCUUGCUAAGGAGGAAGGAUACAACAUCGCAAACACUCUAGGCAACAAGAAGGCCGCCCUUCUGCAGAACCAUGGCCUAUUAACAGUGGGCAAGACGAUUGAGGAGGCAGUCUUCUGGUUCAUCGCCCUGGAUAGAUGUUGCCAAACCCAGCUGAUGGCAGAUGCCGCGGCAGCGGGUCGUGGAGGGACUACUGUUAAAAUCGAUGAUGAAGAUGCGCUCUUUACCUAUAAAACCAUUGGCACCCCUGCAGCAGGCUACUUUAACGCGAAACCCCUGUUCGAUGUCAUUCAUAAAGAAACAAAUGGAGAGUAUUUGCAGUAA